UGGAAAAAUCAGCAAAUCAAAACAAUGAAGAAGCAUUACUAAUGCUUGGAACCAUCUACCAUACCGGCCAAUACAUUCAAAAAGAUUUAACAAAAGCUAUUGGCUACUAUGAAAAAGCUGCAAUGCUAGGCCAUUCUAACUCUCAGUUUAUACUUGGUUCAAUGUAUUUAAAUGGACAAGAAGGAGUGGUUGAGAAAAACUUCGAGAAGGCAGCAGAAUGGUUUGAAAAAUCAGCCAAUCAAGGAAAUGGUCAGGCCCAAAUAAGUCUUGCAGCCCUCUAUGAAGCAGGUUUAGGCGUUGAGCAAGACUACUCAAAAUCAUUGCAACUAUUAGAAACAGCUUCUAUGAAUGGCCUCUUACAAGCUAAACUACUACUGGGCAUUAUGUAUUUAAAUGGAUCUGCUGUGGUUGGAGGUGACAAGAAUGAAUAUAUUGCAUUUAAUUAUUUCGAAGAAGCUGCUGAGCAGGGGCACGCACAAGCUCAGAACAAUCUUGCACUAAUGUAUCGAGAUGGAAUAGCGUGCUCACAAGACUUUGCAAAAGCGUUAGAAUGGAGUCAAAAAGCAGCUAUACAAGGUCAUGCGAAUGCGCAAGCUGUUCUUGGGCAAUUAUUUGAAAAGGGUUCCAGCGAUGGAACGAUUGCUCAAGAUUUGGAAAAGGCUUUCGAAUGGUAUUCCAAAUCUGCAGACCAAGGAGACCCAGAAGGUCAGUUUCUGCUGGGGAAAAUGUAUUUUAUUGGUCAGUAUGUAACUCAAGACUCAACAAAAGCAAGGGAAUACACUGAGAGAUCAGCAUUGCAAGGAUAUGCUCUAGCACAGGCAUCCAUGGGUUAUUGGUAUUUCAGUGGACAGGGAGUGCAACAAGAUCUCACAAAAGCAAGAAUAUGGUACGAAAUGGCAGCAAAUCAAGGAAAUCUAAUGGCUCAAAUUAAUCUUGCUGUGCUUUAUUUAAAUGAACAAUUCUGUGAACAUGAUGAUUCUAAAGCAAGACAAUGGCUUGAAAAAGCUGCAUUACAAGGACACGAUCAAAGUCAAUUUCUCCUAGGGCAAAUGUAUGAAAAGGGCCAAGGGUUGCCACAACCAAACUUCUCAACAGCUUUAGAAUGGUAUGAAAAAGCAGCUGAUCAAGGUUAUUCACUUGCAGAAUAUGCUGUAUCUAUGCUUUACGAAAAAGGUUCUGACUCCAUACCCCAAGAUCAAGUGAAAGCUUUGGAGUUUUGUGAAAAAGCUGCCGAACAUGGUCAUAUUGAAGCUCAAUACAAUGUUGCCAGGAUGUACGAAAGCGGAAUUGGAACAUCACUGCCAAACUUGACAAGUGCAUUUGAGUGGUAUGAAAAAGCAGCAAAUCAAGGUCAUGCAAAUUCUCAAUUCAAACUUGCACUCUUGUAUGCAAGAGGAUAUGAACUCUAUUGUUUGAAUUACAAGCAAGAUGCAAAGAAAGCAAUCGAAUGGUUGGAGAAGGCUGCCCUGCAAGAACACUUGGGAGCGCAGUAUUGCUUGGCAAAAUUAUACUUCUUUGGAAAGUGUAAUGAAUUGAUGGUAGAUCCUGAUUAUGCGAAGGCAUUGUUUUGGUUUGAAAAGGCUUCAACAACUCACAAUCAUGAGAAAAGUCAACGAGCUCUCGGUUUCAUGUACAGUAAUGGGUUAGGUUUGACAUGUUGUGAUUAUUCAAAAGCUUUGGAAUUUUAUGAAAAAUCAGCCAUUCAAGGAAAUAUAAUUUCACAAUAUUCCAUUGGAUUAUUGUAUGAGUGUGGGCAUGUCGGUAGUCAGGAUAACAAUCAAUCAAAAGCCCUAGAAUGGUAUGAAAAAGCAGCCAAUCAGGGACACACCAACGCUCAAUAUCGUAUUAUUUGCCUAUUCAUUCAGCAUGGUGAAAACGAUUUGUAUUCUCCAUUGAAAGACAUUGCAUUACAGUUUUUAGAAGAAAAGGUCUCUAGGAAUGAUGAAAUAGCUCAAUUUAUACUUGGCUUUUUAUAUCAAAAUGGUGUUGGUACCAAACCACAAGAUUAUGUGAAAUCCAUGGAAUGGUUUGAAACAGCAGCUCAUCAUGGAAAUGUCAUGUCUGCUUAUCAAAUGGGACUGAUGUACCGGUUAGGAAUACAGAAAAAAUACGUCUCAAACAGUGGUAGUAUGACAGCCAUGAGAUGGUUUGAAAAGGCAGAUGAUUUAAAGAAAAAGCAAACCAAUCAAAAUCCAGUUUCAAACACACUUGAAAAUGACAAACAACAGUUCGAGUUUGUGAAUCCACACAACAACAACACCGACACACCGGCAGUCCUAAGUUGUGACUGCAAUUUUUUACAUUGGUAUCAGUAUUUUGCUCUCGAUGAAAACGACAAUAUUUUUGCUCAAUAUCAUUUAGCUAACAUGUACUAUUAUGGAAUAGCAAUUGAAAUAGACUACACCAAAGCUUUACAGUAUUUUGAAAAAGCAGCAUCUCAUAAUCACGAACCCUCAUUAAGCACUCUCGGAUUGAUGUACCAAAAUGGGCAAGGAACUUCAAAAGAUAACUUCAAAGCUAUUGAAUGUUAUGAAAAAUCUUCUCAACAAGGAAAUGCUAAUUCACAAUUUGCUUUAGGAUUUCUGUAUGAAGGUUUGUAUGGACCUCCAAAGGACUUGAAAAAAGCAUGUGAAUGGUAUGAAAAAGCAGCUGAAAAUAAUAUUUCUGGAGCUCAAAACAAUCUUGGAUUAAUCUACCAAAAAGGAAGCGAUGAAAUAGUACAAGAUUUAGAAAAAGCCUUCCACUAUUUUGAAAUGGCGGCUCAUCAAGGAGAAAAAACUGCUCAGUAUCAAUUGGCUCUCUGUUACAAGAACGCACUAGGAACUCGAGAAAAGAAUUACGAAAAAGCAAUGGAAUGGUUCCAAAAAUGUGCAUUACAAUGGCAUCCCGAUGCAUCUUAUCAACUUGGAUUAUUGUAUUUGCAAGGAUUAGGUAUCCCUGAAAAAGAUGAAUUGAAAGCUGUUGAAUAUUUUGAGAAGGCAGCUCGAGAUGGACAUGCAGAUGCAGCCUACGAACUUGGAAGAUUGUAUGAUCGAUCAACACAUUCAGACACAAUACUAGAAAGAGGAGGGUCUUCAAGUAUAAUUCCUCAUAAUCAAUACAAGGCUUUUGAAUGGUAUUUGGAGGCAGCUGAAUAUGGACAUGUGAAUUCCAUGUUUUAUGUGGCUCAAUUUUAUGACAAGGGAUUGGAGACACAACUCGAGAAAGAUUUAUCAAAGGCUUUUGAAUGGUAUGUCAAAGGAGCGCAACAUGGACAUGCUUUGGCUCAGUACCAUGUUGGUUUGUUUUAUUUACAUGGAAAACAUCGCCGAAAACAACAAGAGACGGAUCAUGUUGAACAAGACAACACCACACAAGUUGAAGGAAAUGUUGAUAAUACAUCACAAGAAAGCCAGAAUGUAAUAACGGCACUGGAAUGGCUCGAAAAGAGUGCAUUGCAAGGUAAUGAUCUUGCAGAAUUUACUCUUGGACAAAUGUUUGAACACAGACUGACCACAGAAGAGGGUCAAAUCUUGAGUGUGAUUGAGAAGGAUGAAUUGAAGGCAAUGGAAUGGUACGAAAAAUCAGCACAGAAAGGAAAUGUCUUGGCUAGUGAUCGGCUGGCAUUCUUGAGAGAAAAACAUCGAAAUAUACAAGAAUGUGAAAAUAACAGCAAGGAUACAGCGGAUAAGAUCCCUCAGGAAGAGACAAAGCUGUCUGAAAUCGUUAGUACGGUCCAAAAAACAGAUGUUACUCCAACCAUGAAAACAACGAAGCAAGAGUCUCAAGAAAUAUCUAUCAUUGUUUCGCCUGAAAUUAGUGAAAUAAGGAAUAACACAGUGCAAAGUCCAACCGAAAAACAACCAAGACAAGAGCCAAAUACUGAAUCAACAUGUUGUUGCAGCAUUUUGUAA